UUGAAGUGUUCUUGAAAAAUUAGCAUUUGGAAUUUGUUUUCCUUCUCACCUCAGAAAUUGACCAUUUUCCGCAGCAUUCUUCAGUUAAAAGUCCAAACUUCUGAUUUUUAGCUUUUUAUCAUGACUUUUCGCUUCCUCUUGUUCCUUCCCUGCUGCCUUGCAUUUCUUCCAUUGAUUCAAUCCGAGCUCGACGUUAACUACUACCAGAAGACGUGCCCGAAAUUCAAAGAAACAGUCCAGAAGAUAGUAAUAGACAAGCAGCAAACGUCACCGACCACGGCUGCCGCCGCCCUCCGCCUAUUCUUCCACGACUGCAUGGUGGGAGGCUGUGACGCUUCCGUUCUCGUCUCCAGCAACGCCUUCAACACCGCCGAGCGCGACGCGGACAUCAACCUCUCCCUCCCUGGAGAUGGCUUCGACGUGGUCGCGCGCGCCAAGAACGUCCUCGAGCUGGAAUGCCCGGGCGUCGUCUCCUGCGCUGACAUCCUCGCGGAGACGGCGCGUGACCUCGUCGUCAUCGUCGGCGGGCCCUUCUACGAAGUCCGAUUAGGCCGAAGAGACGGACUCGAAUCAAAAGCAAAAAACGCAGAAGGAAAAUACCCAAAACCAACAAUGACAUUAACUGAAAUCAUCUCAAUCUUCCAAUCGAAGGGAUUCUCUAUACAAGAAAUGGUCGCAUUAACGGGUGCCCACACCAUAGGAUUCUCUCAUUGCAGCCAAUUCAGCUACCGGAUUUUCAACUUCAGCAAGACCUCACCCAGCGAUCCGGCGAUGAACAGAAAAUACGUAGAAGGAUUGAAGAAACUGUGCGCGAAUGCAAGCAAAGAUCCAGGAAUGAGCGCCUUCAACGACGUGAUGACGCCGGGGAAGUUCGACAACAUGUAUUUCCGGAAUCUGCAGAGAGGAUUAGGGUUGCUGGCGACGGAUACGGCAUUGUGGCUGGACAAGAGGACGAAAUCGUUCGUGGAUCAGUACGCAGCCGAUCAGAACAAGUUCUUCCAAGAUUUCGCUAAUGCGAUGAUCAAGGUUAGCAAUCUGGACAUCAAGACGGGGAAUCAAGGAGAGAUUCGUCACAGAUGCGAUACUUUCAAUUCGCUGCAACCUUGAGAUCGAGUGAGUUGUUCACACUGAUCAAAACAGAGAAACGUGAGAUUCAAAUGUAAAUUAUAGAGUAGGUUCCUGUUCCACUGAUGCAUUGAAGCCAGAAAAAGCAAAAAAGCAUGAAGAUUAAAAUGAGAGGGUGACAAAUUCAGAUGGUUGUGUUGACUGUUGAAAGGCGGAGACCUUCGAGGGAAAAGUAGAGUCCCUUUGUUAUAAAUCAGUAACGUACCGAUGAACUUGGAUUCCUAGCUUUGGAAUUUAAAUGGCGUGAAAAGGAUAGCGCUUCCAUUAAACUUCAUAUGAGAUUUUAAUUUCAUUUCUUGAUUUCAUAAAGUAA